AUGGCUCCCCUCACUAGAUCAGCUCGUACCUUACGGUCGCAGCCUCCCCCUGCGCCUAAGGCACCCGAAAUUAUCAACAUCGACGAGGACGACGAGAACGACGAGGAACUCAUGGAUGACGAAAGCAUGCAAAGUGGAGAGAAUUUAGACGAUGAGAGUGAGGAUUACGAUGAGGAGGAAGGUGAUCAAUACACCGAUGAAGAGAUGACCGAUGCGAAUGGCGAUCAUUAUCGAUCGGACAUUGGAUCCGGUUACCCUGUAUUGGAGCCCAGCUUGAAAUCCCUGAUGGCAGUGACUAGCAGUACUCAAGGAUCUCCUCAACUCUUCACCGCGCAAGGCGCGCAAGAAGCCCUCCACCCUCUUCAAUAUGCCGCCGCUCGUGUCACGCGUCAGAUUCAGGACUUCGCAGAGAGACUGGAUCAGUUUAAGAGAAAGAACACUGCCGAUGAGUUCCAGAACAUCCAGGCGGCUUACAGCUUGGUUGAGAAAUACCGGGACCUUGCCCAGGAAACAGUUGAGGAUCUGACUACAGAUCAUCAAAGAAAGGAUCAGAAGCCCACCAAGGACGGCGAAACGAAACUCGAGGAGGAAAUGCUGCGGUGGCAGUUGGAGGUUGACACCUGGAACCUACUCCUCAAUCUCAUCAGCAUCGACGAUCCGGCUAGUCGCGCCAGUUUCCAGGAAGGACAACAGGCCGCAUUUCAAAACCUGCACCGGUAUUCUUCCGAUCGGGAAAUCUGGGAGCAAUUCCUUGGCGCCGAUCAAUAUGCCACAGAGUGCGUUAUUGCAAUGAGAUGGUUGGAAGAGACGGCAAAGUCAGGAACGUCCCGGGCAAUGGAUAUUUUGAUUACGGACAUGGAGGCGCAGGCGGAUCGAGGCAAUGACUUAUGGUCGCAUGGAUGGCUAUACACUAAGGAGUCCAUCAAGAUGCACAAGCGUGCACGUGUUUGGCCUCAACCAGUGGAGCCAAAUGAUCCAGCUGCCGUGCGUUCAUUGUUGAGGAUGGACGGGAAGCAAUUGGUGACACAGAUGGACCCGGACAGUGUUACUCGACAGAAACGGGUGCUUCAGCCUCAAGAUGAAUAUUACGAAAACGCGACGUGGAUGCAAUGCUGGAAGAUGAUCAGACAAGGAGAGAACUGGACUACCAUUCGGAAGUGGGCCGCGGGACACCUUGAUAGCUGGCGAGCUGUCAGUCUCUGUGGUUCCAGCGUGGACAAAACCGAUGAAAGCUCGAACACACGAACCCCCGUCGACAAUGGAAUGACACGUUUGAUGAAUAGCAGUUCCCAAGACACAUGGCGUACCACUUGUGCUGCUUUGGCUCGCAACCCUAGCGCAUCUACCUUUGAGCGAGCGGUAUAUGCUCUGCUCUGUGGAGAGUCGGAGGCUGCAGCUCAGGUAUGCAGCUCCUGGGAUGACUUCCUUUACGUGUACUUCAACCGCAUUGUGCUCUCGCGUUACCAGGGAUUCUGUAAGCAGUUUCACCGGAAGCUCAGCCACUCUCCGACCACUCCUGUUGUAUUCACCCCAGAGCCAGCGGGAUAUGCCGACAUUCGGAAGUUUUUCGACUACCUGAGAGGCAACGAGCAGGUCGGCGCAGAGGCACGCAACCCAUUCCGCAACCUGCAAGCCGCCAUCCUCAGCAAGGGCUACGACUCUUACUUCUCAGUUUUCGCCGAAGCAGUUUCUCAAGUCAACUUGAAGCACUUUGGAACUGGAUCUAUUGUGCCGCAGCUAGAAGAGUCUCCAGUGGAGGAGACAUUCAUAAUCGCCGCAGAGGACGCGAAGGCCCUGACAGUUGCUACACAUGUCUACCUUAUCGUUCAAUCGCUUGGCUAUACUUCUGCAGAGACCCAGGUCUCCGAGAAAGCGGCCAUUCUUGUGGCAGGAUACAUCUCCUAUCUAGAAGAGCGCAAGGUGUUUGACACCAUUCCCCUCUAUGCAUCUCUUCUGCCUACCGAGAUGUGUCACAAUGUUUUUUCGAAGAUUUUGAUUGAGAUCGAUGACCCACAAGACAAACAGUUACAGAUUGAACACAUGGCAAGACAUGGCAUUGAUGCCUCUGCUGUUCUUGACGCUCAAUGGGCGUGGACUAGCGCUUCUGUCUCUUCUAUUGAACAUUCCAAUGGUCUCAGCGGAUACUCGCGAGUUGUGCGACGACCAGACGGUACUCGUGUCCUGAUGCCGCCUAGGAAGGACUUGAUUGGAAACUCAAUUUCUGAAGAAGAUGAGAAGAUGAUUCGCAGUCUGGAGUGGCUGCGCAGCGCUGGUGAUAAAUGGUCUAAGAUCAGCGAGCUUGGAGCUUGGCUUUACCGCAAAUUUUUUGUCGCUGGAAACCUUGCCGCUGCUCGCGAGUUGAGUCAUCGGAUGGAUUUGGCAACCAUUUCAGAAGAGACCUUUGGAAAGAAUAUCUUCGGUUACUCUGAUGAGGAUGAGGAAAGUCUGGCGGAGGAAUUCGUUCCGACCAGCCCAGUCAAGUCCAAACGCAAUAGCCUCCACGGACGCAGUCAUUCCGGCAGCAAUAGCAUUUCAAACAAAGACCCGCAUGAGACCGCCUACCAGCAGGCUACUCGGAUGUACAACCUUGAAACGCUCGCAGCAGGAUUCGAUUCCUUGGAGCGGUUUGCUAUUGUUUACGAUCAAAUCUCUAAGCCCAAACGUCGACGGGAGUCAUCGGGUGCGGUUGAGGAAGAUCCACUUCAGAAACUUACCGGUCUGCUAGAAGAGGUCGAAUCAACUGUAGGAUUGAUUGUGGAGGAGUGGCUUGUCAAGGUCGACGAUGUUGACGAAGAGAAGGACUAUGGAUACAUUCGACGGACAUAUCUGCCCGAUCUCAUUCUGGACUACCACAACGUUCUCUACUACGCCAGCCAUUCUCUCGAUAAGCCAUUGCUCCUGACUCAGUGCAUGACUGUGGCUAUCUGGGUUGCCAAUAUCCCUCAUCUGACUCGCAGCUUCACUGAGGCGAAGCGCAUGAGCGAGUUGAUGGAUGCCUUGGCAUUGUCCAGUAAAGCGAUGGUACUCACCGACCCGAAAGAGGACCGUGUUUACGAGAAUGGCCAGACACUGGGUAUCUGGCGAGUCAGUGGAUCAGAGGACGAUGAGGCUGUGUUUGAGCCCCGCAAAUGA